GGAUUUCAUGAGAUUCUGAGAUUGUACCUCAUGUGAGGGUCUUGUGAAGAUCCACUGUGGUGUAACAUGGCUUAACUUCCCGCGCUCUUUGCACAGAAAGCAGUUAUUUACCACUUCGUUCCUGAGCUUUGAUGAAACAACAGAGAGAAAGAAAAGAUGGCUCCUUUUGUUUCAAAUGAAAGGAAAUGUAAAUUUCGCUCAAGGAUGUAUGCAGCCAAGCCUGUCCUGUGUUGGAUCGUAAUUCUGUGCUGUUGGCAGGAAACUCUAGCCACACCUACGAUGAUCUUCAUGCUGAACAGAACCAGAGUGGCACUAGCAGGAGAAACUCUUGACUUCUAUCUGUCAGUUUUUGUCCCAGCAAACUACACCACUAGCAAAGUUGUAUGCUACACUCAGAACAAGACAAAAGUUUGGAGUAAAGAAAUUACAAGUAAAAUAUCUGAAACUACAGAGCCGGUGAGGGCACGUAUCAACAUGCGCAACAGCUCCAGUUCUGGCAAUUACUACUUUAGUUAUGCAAAUCAGGAAGCGCAUUGGGUGGUUCACGUGAGAGAUAAAGGUUAUCAGGAGCCACCCAAAGAGUUAGAAAGUGCCAUCAUCGUAAUGCUGGCAUUCUCAGGAAUUCUGCUCAUCUUCACUGUUGCUGGCUCUCUUUACAUAUUAAAGAGCUACAAGGAACACACUCCUUGUAGAGAUGACAAAAAUGAAGUUGCAGAGCAGAAACCAGGGGAGAGUGAUGGAGAGAUUUUGGAUGAAGAUGCUGCAUCUGCAUCACUCUACACAACUCUACAAUGCAGAUCGGGCUCUAUUUAUGAUACACUGCAUUCAGACACAAUGCAUGUAGAAAACUCAAAGAAGAAAAAGUAUGAAAAGCACUACAACGCACAAGAAGAUGAUGUAUUGGAUUCUGUGUAUGAAAACCUGUCAAUUCAGAGAAUGAAUGAAUGAAUGAGAAAAUGAAUGUGAUUUAUGAAUACUUCCUGUAAUGUGCUUAAGUGUCAAAUAAAGAUUUUUUUCUCUUUUUUUAUAAUUUAAUAUUUUAUGGGCCAGUAUGACGGAAAAUAAAUAAACGAUCAAAACAACUGAAUGUGUCGUUUUUCGCCCUGACGCUGUGUAAACCAAUCAGAAGACAGCUUCAGUUGCGUGCAACCAAUGGGAACCCUCGCAUCCGAACUUCCUGUCUGUUUGCUCCUCCUCCUAAAGUGUAAACAAUGGCAGCCGAGGGAGAUUUUUUGAUACGUUACCGAGCGGUGUCAAAUAAACUUAAAAAACGUUUUCUGCGGAAGCCUAAUGUCGCUGAAGCAAGUGAACAGUUUGGUCAGCUGGCCAAGGAGCUCAAACAGCAAGACUGUCCUCAAUAUGCUGCCUUCUGUAAUCUCGCCAUGGCCCGCUGUGAGCAGACCCUGUUCAAUGCUCCAGGAGAAGCCCUGGCACUGACUGAUGCAGCCCGACUCUUUCUGGCCUCAGAGCAGGAGACCCGAGCGCUGAGGGCUCCCGGCUUUGAUGAGAAUAUGCAAGCAGCAAUGAACUGCUAUAGUUUUGCUAUUAAGGUCUGUAUUGAGAUGAAUCAGCCUGUUAUGGCGGCCAGUCUCUCACUGGAGCUUGGCAAUGCUCUGAAGGAGAUGAACAGACCCGGGGAGGCGAUAGUUCAUUUCCAGAGAGCCGCAGAACUGCAGAUUCAGACUCCAAUUGAGGCCUUGCUGUCACUGUGGGAAAUGGCCUCCUGCAAAAUACUGACCCGCGAUUACGAUGGCGCUCUUGCCGUUCUCUCUGAGAUGCAGCACAUGUGUCAGGAAAGAGGACUACAGCUUCCGGGGACAAACACCCCUGUCGGUGCAUUUAUGGAUGUCAUAGCAAAGUGUGAAAUCUCCAGGGUAUUACUUCUUAUGCUACUUGAGCCUCCCCCUCAAAAGCUGCUCCCUGAGCACGCUCAAACACUAGAGCGAUACGCCUGGGAAUCCUUCGACUCACACAGUCAGGUAAACUUCCUUCCAGAAAAUGUGUUCCUCUUUCUGCAAUCAGUCGUGAUGGCCUGUCAGGAAAAGGAUACAGAAUCUCUCAAGGCUCUCCAGACAGAGCUAUGGCCACUCCUUUCGGCAGAACAGAAUCAUCUCCUCCACUUAGUGGUUCAGGAGCGAAUUACACCCUCCGGUCAGGGCAUAUGAUUCAGUGCAAUACACCCCCACAAAACAGUUCUUAUUGGAACAUUCCUAUGCCAGUGCCUGGUGCAUUUUGCAUGAGGACUGCAGAAGGUCACUGAACCUACCAGAGCUGUACAUACACGCAUGAACAUUUCUAUACAAACUCGCUUUAGUGAUACUGUAUGAAUGUACAUUUUAUUGUCCAUUUUCAAUAAUGGUAAGAUAUCGUGUUGAAAAGGUAAAUAAUUAUGUUGAAGUUUAUUUAAAGUUGUAAAAUAUUGAUGUUGUGAAUAAUAAAAUAACAAAAGCGA